ACUCAGGGACGGAGGGAGUAAAAAAUAGUAAACGACCUACAAUUAUGAACGUAAAAACAAAUAAUCCCGUUUUAGAAUCUGGUUGAUUCAAGCAAAACAUGACAGAAAUUUUAGAAGUUUCACUCUUCAAUCUCGUGCAUAAACUUACUCCACAACUCAUUCAUGUCACUGAUAAAUAAUGCAGCAGCAUAUUUUGCCUUAUCCUCAAGUACAUCGGGGGUGUAUAUCCAUCUAUUUUCUUCUUAUCUUCAUAGCCUGAUCCCUUAGUCCUGACAUUUGUCUCUCGCUUCAAGGUUAAUAUGUGCAACAUCUUGUUUAGGACGAUUCUUUCAGCAAAAUGUUUCUUAACCAUCCACUUAUAUGGACUUGUGUAAGUUCCUGUUUUGACUUUUUGUUGAUAUUAGCAACUGGGCUUCAAUCACCAACUCUUUAUCAUUCACAAGCAAACCAACCACAUUUAUAAUGCAUCAUAGACACAAAAACAACAAAAGAAUUUAGUGAAUAUCAUUGCAUUUAUUACUACUAUUUGUAUCAACAUUUAGAAGUUGUACCUCAUGAGAUAAAAAGCUAACCACACUAUGCAUAUAGAGCAUGAGACUAUGCUCUGGAGAGAUCCUUUAAAACAACUAUGUAAAUAUGUGGCCUAAACCAAGAUCCAUUAAGGACAAUAUCUAAGAGGUAGCAAUAUCCAAGCGCUAAGAUGCACUGCUAACACACAAAAUGAUCGAAUGUGCACUCUGUGCUUAAUAUAAUGCAUUACCUUGAUGCAAUAUGUAACUGCUAAAAAUGCACUGCACACAUUGAAUAGGAAUGUUCUAAAUGUAAAACUUUUUAAGGGCAACACCCAAGAAUUAGCAAUAUUUAAUCCUUAUGAUGCACUACAGACAUCUACUUGAGAGCUAGCAUGUAAGACUAUAUAAAAUGCACUACAAAUAUUGUUGUGAGGACUUGCAUAGGAGGAUUGAAAAAUUGAUAUUAAGAUUUAAAUAAAAUGCACUAAAAGAGUAAUCCAUGUUCGAAAAAGGAUCUGGCUAUCUGGGUGAACCAAUAUCUGUGUAUAGUGGCAUAAUCAAAGCAUAGCAAUUUUUAAAAGGAAAGAAUACACCAUCAAUUUAAGAGACUUAAGUGAAGAAGGAAGAAAGAAUUAUAAAAUACCAAUAAUGAAGAAAAAAUCUGACCAUGAUUAGAGGAAGAAGUCUAUGAAGAAGAGGAACAAAUUGAAAAAAAUAAAAUUCCAAAACGAAAAAAAUGUGAACAGGAUUAGAAGAAGAUGUGUAUCAAGAAGAAGAUUGAAAUUUUGAUGAUUAUCAAAAUGUUAAAACAAACCUGAAUCUAUAUAUACACGAGAAUUGACUGAUGAAUAAGAAUUAGAAAUCCGAAUCAAUGGCAGUGUGAGUCCGAUCGGAAUAGAGCAUACAGAUUAAUUGCAAAGAACUCGCCAUUUCAAUAAAGGAGAGAGCUAAAUUACAGACACUCAUAAACAGAUAUUUCCACAUCCUAUCCCCGGCUGUAUUUUUCCGAGUAACUAAAACCAGUUACUCCCUACACUCACCCACACUCACCAAGACCCCUUGGAUUUUCCCGGUGGUAUUCUUGUGUAGAAUUCCUCCAAUGCUUCUCUCUCUACAUUGGUGGUGUGUAAAACCCACACACAUGUAUACCUUAGUCUCACUCUUUUUAAAGCAACCCAAGCCUUUCAAAAGUUGGACUCACCGCAUGUGUAAUUGCCUAGAAGGUUCUCGGUUUGACGGACCCGGUGGAUAUUUGGACAAGCUGGAGAGCCGGUACAAGUCGAAAUCGUUGACAAGUAGGCUAUACUUGAAGAAACGAUUGUUUGGUCUCCAAAUGGCGGAGGAAGCUAACUUUAAUGGAAACUUGGAUGAAUUCAACAAGAUUACAAUAGAGUUAGAAUCCAUUGAUGUGAAGAUUGAAGAGGAGGACAAGGCGCUGUCUUUGUUGGCUUCAUUGCCUUCAUCUUUUGACAACAUCGUGACCACGCUCUUGUUUGGAAAAGAGACCUUAAAAUUUGAUGAAAUAGUUGCUGCAUUGUUGAUGAACAAGACUCGCCAGGGUGGCAACGGGGUAUCAAAUGACGGCCAAGCUUUGGUAGCAAAAGGAGUUGGUCGGGAACGAGGACGUUCUAAAGAGAGGGGCGGUGUGUCCCAAUGCUUCAAAUCGAGUAGUAAAAGCUUUCAGUGCGUGUUACUCCUGCGAUGAAGAUGGUCAUUUCAAAAGGGAUUGUCUAAAGAGAAGGAAGGAAAAGAAGGACGGGAAAACACCCGUGACUAUAGUUGCUGAAAGUUUGAAUCAAGCAAGUGAAGAAGACUUGUUUUUGGAAAACACAAAGAGUCUAGGUAAAUCGGAUUGGAUAUUAGAUUCAGGUUGUUCGUUUUACAUGUGUUCGAUCAGUUAAGGAACAAUUUCAUAGGUAACAAACUUGUGAUGGGGGU